AUGAGCACGGUUGAUACCAUGCUUGAAAAAUACCAGCCAGGCGACAUGGAUGUCCUUGUUCUUCCAGAAAUGGCAUUUACAGGUUAUGUGUUCAAAACUCUGGAAGAAAUCGCGCCGUACCUUGAGGAUCCUGAACAUGGUCCUUCGGUCACUUGGGCCAAGCGCCAAGCUAUACGAUUAAAAUGUUACGUAAUUGUGGGUUAUCCAGAAACCGUUACUGAUGCAUCGGGCUCAAAUGUCAAUUACAACAGUCUAUGCUGCGUCGAUCCUACCGGCAACCUUGUGAAAACAUAUCGAAAAGCGUUCCUGUUUGAGACUGACGAAGGAUGGGCCGAAGAAGGUCCAGGAUUCUCAGUCAUGGAUAUCGAUGAGUUUGGCAAAGUUGGUUUCGGCAUAUGCAUGGAUGUCAAUCCGUAUCAGUUCAAGAGCGAUUUUCGUGCAUUUGAGUUUGCCAAUUACCACGUGGAGCAAAAGACCGAUGUGAUCUUUUGUUGCAUGUCGUGGUUACAAAGUUCCACAGAUAAAGAUAUACCAGUCAAGGAAACCGAGCGUACCAGCGUCCUGAAAAUCAUCAAUUACUGGGCCAUGCGAUUAUUACCAAUCUAUGAACACAAUCAAUCCAAUCCUCGUCACACGUACUUUGUAGCCGCCAAUCGUACAGGCUCUGAACGAGGAAGCAACUUUGCCGGUGGAAGCUGCGUAUUGGAUAUCUGCAGUUCGAGUAUGCAGCUGUUGGGCUAUUUGUCUAAAACUGAACAAUCUAUCUUGAUAGUGGAUACCGAAGAACCAUAA